AUGUUAAAACCUCUUGGGAGAUUGUACUGUAUUCUUGGAAUCGGUCUGGUGGUAUUUAGCGAAGAAUACACCGACGGAUCAUUUGAUGUUAUUCGUGGUAAAUUUAGGGAUCAGUUUGUCAAUUCGUUAUGCACAAGGGAAGAUUGUCCGCCGGUUUCAUGCGAGAGUUAUAAUGCGGUGUGUGGCUCUAAGGGUUGCCAAUAUUGCGUGUGUAAUAAGGAUAACCAAAGUACCACGUAUUAUCAUAGCAAUGACAGCGCUAACGGAAAAUGUAUGCCAGAUUCAGUCAUAACAAGAAAUGCUGGUAGGUUACGUAAUACAUUAAGUAUUUCAAGUCUAUUCUAAUUGUAAUCAUCUGUUGUAAUCAUGCCUGCGUGCAGUCUCGAUUAACAGCGAUGUUGGGUCUGCUAAAGCAGAACAGAAAGCUUGUUUCGGCACAUGGAUUCACAACAAAUAAAUAAAUUGGUAUCAAAUCAUUCAGUGAAUUGAAUCAAUCGAUUUUGCCAUUGGCGUUCGGGGCUGAUGCUUUCCAGGGAGGCAGUUGAAAGUUUGCCCAAAUUUUUAUGGAGGAUUGUAAUGAAAUUACCUGAAUUUCACCUAUUGUGAUAAAUCUGCCCGAAUUUUCUCGCAAUUGCUCCCGCAGUUGCUCCCCAUGCCCCUGUCUCGUACGCCAAUGGAUGCAACCUCGUAAGCCAGGAUCUUUUACUUCCGCACGGCACUUGCAGGUUGUUAUGGAUGUUGCACAGUACCGUAGCAAUAUUUAUAUGCAUCCCAAUUGGCCUGGUUAAUGCCCGCUCAAUCCAAUUCAGGCGAUGUUGGACGAUGCUGAAUGAAAACUUUGAACCAUUUAUAAUUGUCAAACCUGAUCCAACAUUAGCUAACAUUACCUACCAUGAUGAUGUUUGUGAUGUUACUCUGAGUGUAUAUCCACACCGGGCGAGCUUGAAAAAUAUGCCCGGCCACGGUGGGAAUCGAACCUACGACCUUUGGAAUACUAGCCCAAAUGGGACUCCGCGUAGCUCCGUUGGCAGAGCAAUUGGGCUAGUAUUCAAAAGGUCGUAGGUUCGAUUUACCACCGUGGCCGGACAUAUUUUUCAAGCUCGCCCGGUGUGGAUAUACACUCAGAGUAACAUCACAUACAUCAUAUUCUCCUGAGUACACAACACCAACACAGUUAGAAAAAAUUACCUAAGGGGCCAUUCACAAAGGAUGUGAAUUGGUAUCGAAGGAACUAGAUUCUGCUCCGAAAUAUCAUUUACUCGAACUUACCUGACCGCGUAGCUCAGUUGGCAGAGCAAUUGGGCUAGUACUCCAAAGAGAGUAACAUCACAAACAUCAUAUUCACCUGAGUACACAACACCAUGCAACAGAAAAAAUUACCUAUUAACAUAUAGUGUUCAAACAGACCCAAUAAUGUAUUGUUCUUAUUUGUUCCAUAUAAAAACGUAGGAAGAUGUUGAAUCAACGGUUUGAAGAGACAUUUUUAUGAGCGAGAUUCAAAACAGAGCAGACGAGUGAAUGUGUAGCAAUGAGUAAAUCCAUACGGCUAUACCUAAGCCUUACCUAUUCGAAGUACAAAGUUGCUUGAAUUGACAUAAUAAUAUUUUAUAUACUAUUCAAAAAUCAUUAAUAAUUCAUGAAGAAAUUAUCCAAUCUUGAGUAAGAAAUUAGUCACGUGCAUACGUCUUUAUACCAGCUAAAGAACACUUUAACAAAAGACCAUUGUUAUGCAAACUAUGUAAAGAUUUUUAUAUAAAGAUUUUUAUAUAAAGAUUUGACUUGUUAUGCAAACGUUUUUGAAGCCAUUUAAAAAGCUCGCAGGUCGUGUUUUAUUAGGUCUAAAGCCACUCGCGCUGCGCGCUCGUGGCUUUAAACCUAAUAAAACACUCCUGCUCGUUUUUUAAAUAGUACAUAACAUUUUUAUAAUCGUUGAACACUUUUAUAAACUCAUAAUGCAUUGUUUUGCAAUAUUCGUGUAGGUUGCUUUAAUUCCUGUGAUGGACACUCUAUACACACUUUAGACACGAGCUGUAGUGAACGUUGUAUUGAAAAAGUGAAAAUUUCGGGCGUCAGUGGUUCUUCAAAUACAAAAUGUAUUCUUGAGUGGGUUAGCUCGUCGUUUUCGAUCAAUAAUCAAUACUGGAAACCCACUGAACAAUUUUUGAAUGAUUUCUCACUUAUGUUUAAUAAUACUGCAAGCCCAGAAGAACUGUACAUGAAGGUAAGCAAACGCUAAAAGUCAGACAUGCUCACAAACAGGUUUUUUACCUCACAGUAAUUUGUGCGUGAGCCUUUCAAACCUUGUGACUGGGAUUCAAAUCCUGCAAUAAUGCAAAUGUCUGAUUAUACUGGUAUUUAAAUUUCGCUUCAAUAGCAUGCAGGAAGCCAUACACCUUUAUGGAUUUGCUUUGGGAACCCCGACUGGUUCUCUCCUAGUGUAAAUAGUAUAACAUUGAACCGACGUUGAAAGGCUUGUUGGACCUCUACGGAGAACACUUUAGAACUAAUGGAGCUAUCGGGGGCUUUAGCCUGCGAACAGGCUCUCAAGCUGAAUUGAGAGCCUGCAUCGAUGACUAAUGAAUUUGAAUAUCUGCGUCUCAAAUCGUGACGCGAAAUUCUCAUUGGUCAGAUGCUAUAAUUUAUAUUAUUCCGCUGAGCUCUAUAUAUGUCAACUAGCAGUUGAACACUAUGCAUAAAAAACACAUUAACUGAUCAAAUUGGUCUUGGCCAUCUUAUCUCAAAGCACGAAAUGUUCUGUUUUGAGAAACAGUAUUUAAAACAUUUAAACUUUUGCUUGAAUAUCUUAUAUUUCGAAAAACAGUAUAAACUGUACGGUCUAAAUUUAGUUUGCACGGUCUAAAUUUAGUUUGCACGAAAGUUGUAAACAACACCAUAUAAGGAUAGACAUUCCAUAUUUGGAAAAACGAACGUUACGGGGCAGAUAUUCAAAUUCAUUAGUCAUCGAUGCAGGCUCUCAAUUCAGCUUGAGAGCCUGUUCGCAGGCUAUCGGGGGCUUGGGUGGCGUAAUCAUCAUUGCAAGCGCCUUUCGCAGGAUCUGAGAUUGUGGUUUUCGCAGCAAACACGUGACACUUACGUGAAGAAUCGGUCAAUGCUCUACCGAGAGUCGCGGGUUUUCUCCGGAUACUCCGAUUUUCGCCCACAGGAAAUGUUGGCAAGAUGGGAUGGGAUUAGCCUCGAACUGACCCUUCCACCGUAGCAGUUGUCCGAGAGCAUAAGGUGGCUGCCAUGUAGAGGCACCUUUAAAAAGCCUUAGACUGGAUCAGGUCCAUAGAUAUCUUAUAUAGACUAGAUAGCGCAUCUCUUUUAGUAAAAUUGAAGCCAAGAAUAUUCCAGCGGUUACCCCCAUUUGAAUAGAUGGCGGCCAUGUUGGUGUUUCCCACUCGCUAAUAAACGCUUAAAAAACAACAAUAACUUUCAUCAUUUGAAUAGUUUAAAAAUGUAUUUGGAAUUGGUUUACCUUAAUAUUUAAGUUCCGUGUUUAAGAAAUAAAAAACAUACGAAUCUUCUCAUUUCUUGGGAAUAUCCUGAGUCUGCAAUCACGGCUUCAAUUUUGAAUUGUAGAAUAAUUAGAUGCACUAUCUAGUGUAUAUAAGAUAUCUAUGGUCAGGUCCUUUGCAAUUGAGCUUAGGUCAGUUGCAUGUAAGGAUGAUUAGCAUGCAACCCCACUGACCCCACUUACUUAUCCAAUAUAAAGUGAUCAUGAGUUUAGGUUAGGUUUUCUAUUGUUGUAACUCUGGACAUUAAAGAGAACUUUUUGGAGAGAAUAUUUAGAGCUAUAUAUAGAGCUAUACAAUAUAAAGCUAGUUUAGUUAGGCUAAAAGAACGAAGUUAGUCGUUUACCUCAAAACAACUGGGAAACGUGAACAAAAGACUGAGUUCUUUCAGUUUUACUCAACCAAGACGCAUUCCUCCCAGGUACUUUUGUUUCCUUCUGCAGUGAGAAUUGACUAGAAUCAAAUAAAUCUAUCUGAUGAAACUAAUCAAACAAAUAAAUCUAUCUGAUGAAAAUAACCUCUAUGAUAGACUACCUUGUAUGAAAUAAUAAUUGUUUUUGUUUGUGGAAACACCACGUAAAUUUAUUACUGCAGUAAUAAAUAAUAAAUUUAUAUUAUUUAAUUAUUAUUAUUUAUUUUAUUAUUAUUAUUAUUAUUUUAUUAUUUAUAUUAUUUAAUUUAUUUGUAUUUUUUGCAGUAAUAAAUUUACGUGGUGUUUCCACAAACAAAAACAAUUAUAUUUUAUCGCCAUGCAAACAUUCAAAGAACUUAUUAUACCUUGUAUGGUUUUAAAAUCUUUUCAGAUUAAAUCAGAAAUUUAGAUUUCUUGUUUUAAAGUUUUCAUAAGACGGUAAAGUGGUCCUUUAUUUCAAUUCAGCUAAAUCUGGAAGCGUACAAGCGUUGGGCAGGUGCAUUGCUAAAACUACAAAUUGAAUGCCAUUCUCCACCUACUCAGCCAUAUUACAGUGAACACUUUUGUAUUAUUUUCAAAUUUACUGGCAAAUACACACCCUAUCAGGUAUGUAAUAAUGUAAACAUCAGUAAAUAAUACUAACGGGGCAAUCAUGACAAAGUGUUUAUUCCUCACUACAAGUUGUUAGAAGAUGGGACUCACAACUUGCUGGCGUGUUGCUGAAAUGUGAACCGAUUAUUGUAGAAAAUGUAAUAACAACUUGCAGCAAGAAAUACCAACAUUAGCUAUUUGAAACAACUUGUAGCACGUCGGUUAAGUCAUCAACCUUGUUGUGAAAAGUUGUUGUCGACUAGUUUUUGACAAGCUGGGUGCAGCCGUGCGAAUACGCAACCUUGUAUAUUGGCCAUACAACUUGUAACAAAAUAGUCUUGUUGCAGUGAUGAACAUACGUGUGGUGUCCACAAACCAAAACUUGUACAGUAUGUAGCAAAUCUGUUCAGUCAACGCGGGUUGUAGCAAGUUGUCCGGCAAACAAGUCAGUCACUGAUGGCUAUUCAACUGCAUGCAUGACAACAAUCGGAGAACAAGCUGUGCGAACUUGAUCAUCGGCUAGUUGGAACCAACUUGUUCCGAAGGCCGAUUUGCACUACAAAACCUUUGCUUAAAACUGUCCGGCAUGCAACUACAAUUUGAGUUGUAUACUGUGUAAAUCAAGCACACAAUUCGGCGAACUCGCCUACGUUGUCGUAGGUGAGUUGUGUGCUUGAUUUACACAGUACAACUCACUGAAGUUGUAAGCAGGUUGCAUGCGACAGUUUUAGGCAAUCGUUGUGUAGUGUGAAUCGGCUUUUACAAGUUUUUUGAAGCAUCAGUAAUGUGAGAAAUCCGGAACAAGUAGUCGUUGAAAGUUAUUAGAGAGCUUUAGAUUCGACUACGAGUAUGACUACGAUUAAAGAUUCGUUAUUUGGAUACGCCAUCUUCUUUGAAUCUUGCGCCGUCAUGUGCACUGAAGCCCUAUAAAUCUCGUGGCCGUGGCCAAAUUGAAAUUCCCGUGGUCAAAGCAAGCAUCUACUAUAAGAUGACGAGCAUGUGCAAGCAACCAAUCAAUCGCGUAGUCGUACUCGUAGUCAAAUAUCUAAAGCAAACACAUCUUCUGCAAUCUUGUAACUAUUUCCGCUAUCUAACUGUAGGCAAUUAUCAAAUAGUAAUACAAGCUGUACAUUUUCACAAUAUUUAGGCUGCUACUAUUCUAACUGAAAUACUGGUCAACCCUACAAUAAACUCAACACUGGGAAUCACACCUCUUAAUAAAGGAAUGCGAAAACCCGGAGAUCAAUACCUAGCAAGUACUAUUGCUCUAUCAGGUAUUCUAUUCCUAGUCUUCGUGUUUCUUGGUUUUGGAAUUUUUCUCUUAUUGCGAAAUAAUGAUCGCCGAUCCUCGGCCGAACACACAUUGGAAACCGACACCGCGACGACACACCAGGAAGAAAUACAGCUUACAGUAUAA